GUUGGAGGUGAACCACGUCCGCAAUCCAUACAUCAGAACCUAAUAACUACUGUGUACCACAUGUGUACCAAAGCCGUCAUGUAUCUGAGCUUGGCAAAACCACAUACGUCAUGCCGUUCUUCAACCAGUCCAUCUCACCACACAUAUAUACUUUGAGUGGAGGAUCGAGGGGCAGAAUGCUCGGAAUCAUUCUACAUCAACCGUGUUUGCUCUGGACCAUAUCUCUUUCAUCUUGAGUUGAACAGUAGCUUUUCAAUCAUCGAAAAUGGACACUAUCAAGCAAACCAUGGCUACCACGCCCAACCACACCGAAGAAGAACAGCGCAAGCUAUACGACAGCCUUCCUGCCGAGCAACGCAAUAAGCAGUCCUUCACGGAGUGGGUCAAAGAAGCCUACAACGAGCAAUACGAGAAGUGGAUACCUUGGCUGGAGGACCAAUAUCUUAAGUGGUUCGGCAAAGGUGAUAACAAGGCUUCCUACGUGACCAAGGAUAACCUUUCCAAGACCAAGGUCACCGGCGUUAAGCAAGCCGAUCAGAUCCAAGACGACGUGAAUAACCUCGUUGGAAACCAGUUGGGCGAAAACGGUCUGCUGGUUCCUGUCGGUAACAUGGUCUCCAAGGAGGGGCUCAAUCGCGCUGAGCGUGGAGGAAAAGAUAAAAAUGGCUCUUAUGGAGGACCCCUCGGAGGAGCAACCGAUCCUAUUGUCGACAACUCUAAAAAGGCAGGCCAGGGACUGGCUACUGGAAUACAGUCGGCUGGGUCUUCCGUUGCUAGCGGAGCCAGGAGUUGGGGGAGUGCGAUCCCAGGGUUUGGCAGCAAGUGAGGUGGUACUUGGGCCUGCCCUGCUGAUAUCUCAUGACUGUAUGAUCUAACGUCCUGUUAUGACUUUUUUUUUUUUUUUU